GUAAACAGCGAAUUAGUUUUAUGAUUUACACCGCGGUGGCAGCAGGAUCACCGACACUGUGUGGGAAUCGAAUGUUUUGCUGUGUUGCGUUUUCAAAGAUACUUAGUGUAGCUGCUUUGCGGGGAGUUUGAGCUGCGCAGCCUCCGGAAUCUGUCCAGGAAGUGGGUUUGUUUACCAAAACAGAGGCACGCUAGCGUUAGCAUAGCCUGGUUAGCUUCUGUGUGGCGCUGUUCACAUCGCACAGAAAAGAUCUACCAGGGUCCACUGGGCUGCUUUCAUCCUCCAUCUCCACGAGGAGCAUUUAUGAACGGCGUGACACGUCGCGAUCGCGUCUUGUUUCGACUCUUUAUCUCGCAUCGCGCUGUUAGCUGACUCGUCUCCUCGCUGUGAGUGCUAGCUGGACACUUUGAACAUGUCAGCAGAUGACAUUCAAGAAGGCUGGUGGGGAGGCUGGCUUCAGCAGAGCUUCCAGGCCGUCAAAGACAAGUCAUCUGAGGCCAUAGAGUUCUUAAAACGGGACCUGACCGAAUUCUCCACUGUGGUGCAACAUGACACAGCCUGUUCCAUUGUUGCUACAGCUAACGCUGUCAAAAACAAACUGGCUGUGGAGGGUUCGUCAGAGGCCACAGAGAAGGUGAAGAAGAGCCUGUCGAGUUUCUUGGGGGUGAUAACAGACACUCUUGCUCCACCUCCUGAUAAAACCAUUGACUGUGACGUUAUCACGCUGGUGGCAACGCCGGCCGGGACCACAGAAGUUUACGACAGUUCCAAGGCCCGUUUAUACAGUUUACAAGCUGAUCCAGCGACAUACUGCAACGAGCCUGAUGGACCUCCGGAGCAGUUUGACAACUGGCUGUCCAGUUUUAGCCUGGACGAGAAGCAAGGAGAAAUCUCAGAGCUUUUAGUCAGCAGCCCUUCUAUACGAGCCCUUUACAGCAAAAUGGUGCCAGCAGCUGUGGCUCACGCAGAAUUCUGGCAACGGUAUUUCUACAAAGUCUUCCAGUUGGAUCAGGAGGAGGCGAGGCGAGUGGCUCUGAAGCAGAGGGCCGAGCAGACCAACAUCGAGACCCUCGGCUGGGAGGAGGAGGAAGAAGAUGACUUCCUCGGCGCCACGUCACCAUCAUCAUCAUCUCAACUCGACUUCACACCUCCGCUGGAUGACGGCUCCUCGUCCCGGCUCCCCGCCGCCUCGCCGGCCCUCCGGAGCCCCGGGGAGGAGCGGGACGCCGCGCUGUCGGUCAGCAGCGACAGCGUCAGCCUGCCCACGCAGGUGGAGGUGCGGCCCGGCGCCGUGGAGCUGGCGGAGAAACUGACAGAGGCCAGCUUGGAGGACGCCGCGGACUCGACACGAGACAAGAAGCAGCCGGAACAGAGUGACUCGCCUCCUAAAGCUCAGGCGGAAGCCGCGGCUCAGGCCGAGGCCGCCGCCGUCGACGGCGCGCCGGCACGAGCUCCCGCCUCCAAACCCGAGCACGCAAAGGAGGAGGGGCCACAGGACCUGAGAGUGUUUGAGCUGAACUCUGACAGCGGGAAGUCGACGCCCUCCAACAACGGCAAAAAAGGGUCCAGCACAGACGUGAGCGAGGACUGGGAGAAAGACUUCGACCUGGACAUGACUGAAGAAGAGGUCCAGCUGGCUCUCUCCAAGAUCGAGGCUACUGGAGAGCUGGAUGAAGACUGGGAGAACUGGGAAUGAGAGCCGCCGCCACACAAACUCGGCUUCGCCUUGAAAAAAAAGAAAACAAAAAACAGCUAGUUCUCAGCAGACGAAACAUGCUUAACGUGUUUUAACUCUUUGUCCACACUGUCGCCAUGUCAUGACUGUCAGGAAGGGAUUUCCGUCUGGCGAGUUUGGACCACAGCGGUGAGUCUGUCAGAGGGUU